GGGAUGGUGAUUGUGCACGGAAUGUUCGAGAUAUCGGAGCUGGCGGCUGGAACUAUUGGAUGUGUGGGUCUCUAUAUGGGCGGUUGCAAUGCGCUGCCCAUGCAGCAUGUUCCCGAUCUUCCUGCCGCUCUCUUCGUCCUGUCGACAGUGUUUAUCCUCCACCGUCUGCGGGUGGUGAACUGCCAACCGCUACAGGAACUUUGGCGACUUGUCUUGGAACUGGUGGUCCUCUACCUCUGCACCCAAAUCCUUGUGGUCCUGGUGUGGCAGCAGUUCCACAACCUGAUGGAUAUGCUGCGGGAUGAAGCACUCAGCACUCGCCUGGCCUUGAAUCUUCUGGAAAGCUACCCGAGAGUCUAUAUGUUUAUGCGCCAGGAUGUGUGUUAUUUUGGAAAACUCAUCGUUUCACUGGCUUGCACCUACAAAGCGAUAAAGGUAACUCAGGCCUUGGAAUAUGCUUUACCAAGGCGCCGGAAUUAUAGGUAUUACGCGGAUCUAGCUACAGAUGAGAACUUUGCCGAUGGAAGUCGGUCCCCCAAAAGGAAUAGAACACCCCAGAGAAAACCUGGCUCCUCCAGUCGCCCUGAAUCUAGAAGCCGGCGGUAG